AAGCGCAGCCCGGAAGUACGUCGGUGGCCCACCGCUGGCCUCUUCGCUCUCUCGCCGACGUCUCACCGGUAAAAUUGUCCAGCGAGCGAGCGAGCGAGCGAGCGGACGCUGGUCCAUUUCCAGGCCGACUCCGCUCGCCCCUCGGCGGCCUGACGGAGCGCGACGAGCCGCUGACAUCCGCAGCGGAGCCCGGUACCGCUUCUUCAUCCGGCUGGCCGGGAUGCACGGAGCGGCUCGGCGCGACAGCUUUUCCGAACGGCACUUUCCCCUCCCACCAUGCCAGCGACCUCGCGCGUCUCUCCGCCGGCUUCCUGACUGCAGGACCACCUGACCGGCGUGUACGUGGGGUCCCGCGAUCGGUUCGGUUCGGAUGUUUGCAUGAGACGCCGACGAUGGGCACGACUCUGCGCUGAGGAAGAGGAGGAGGAGGAGGAGGACGAAGAGGGGGAAGAGGGGGAGGUGGGGGAGGAGGAGGAGGAGGAGGCGGAGGGGGCCCAGCGGCUGCAGGACGAGGCCGGACAGACGAGGAUGUGAAGAUGGGCCCGCUGGUGGCGCUCAUUUUGUGGCUCGCGAGCGGCUUCGUGCACGGCGUGCACGCGCAGGGCGUGUACGCGCCACCUACGGUUCGCAUCGUGCACUCCGGACCGGCGUGCGACGUGGAGGAGGAACGGCAAAGCGAGCGAGUCUACACCAUCCGAGAAGGAGAAACUCUGGAACUCGUCUGCCUGGUCACCGGACACCCUCGACCGCAGGUGCACUGGACGAAAACGGCGGGCGGAAGUUGGGAGCGCCAAGGCGACUCUUGGGCGCAUAACGACACUCUGAAGAUCGAAAGCAUCGGCCGCCACCAGGGGGGGCGCUACUACUGCAAGGCGGACAACGGCAUCGGGACGCCCGCCUUACGAUCCAUACGAGUUGACGUGUACUUUCUGGACGAGCCGCUGAUCACGGUGCAUCAGAGCGCGGGCGACGCCAAGGAUCGCUUCUACGCGGAGCGGACGGUCUUCCUGCGCUGCGUCGCCGCGUCCAAUCCGCCCGUCGCCUACACCUGGAGGAGAGGUCGCCAGGCGCUGUCGCAGGGAGCGGACGCCGGAGUGGACAUCUAUGAGCCCUUCUUCACGCAGGGCGAGACCAAGAUCCUGAAGUUGAAGAACCUGCGCCCUCAAGACUACGCCAACUACACGUGCGUCGCCUCCGUCAAGAACGCGUGCGACAUCGCUGACAAGAUGGCGCACUUCAGCCUCAGCAACCGGACAGCUCCGCCCUCCGUCAAGCUGCUCCCGGACGACCCCCUGGUGGUCGACCCGGGCCGGACGGUGACGCUGGUGUGCGUGACGUCCGGCGGGGAUCCCCCGCCCGCCCUGCGCUGGGUGCGCCCCGGGGGGGAGGCGCUCCCCAAGGGGAGCGUGGCCGAGGCCGGCACGCUCACCAUCCCCGCCGUCGCCGUGGACGACGGCGGGGCCUACAGCUGCCUGGCCGACAACAACGUGGGCAACGCGGCCAGGAAGUCCACCGACAUCCUGGUCAGAGGUCUCCGCAAGGCUCGCUUCUGGAUCACUCCGGACCCGUACCACAACGACGACCACAUCCGGAUCGGACGCGAGGUGAAGAUCAGCUGCCAGGUGGAGGCCACGCCCCCCGAGGAGCUGCAGUUCGGCUGGAUGAAGAACGGUCGCCCGCUGCGCAGCUCCGAGCGAAUGGUCAUCACGCACACGGACGCGGAGAUGUCGCCGGGCGUCACCAACCUGGACAUCAUCGACCUCAAGUUCACCGACUUCGGCACGUACACGUGCGCGGCGUCGCUCAGGGACGGAGGAAGUCCGGAGAUCAGCAUCGACGUCAACAUCUCGUCCACCACAGUUCCUCCGGAGCUGACGGUGCCCAGGGGGCGCUCUCACAUCGUCGCCCGGGAGGGCGACACAGUGGAGCUGCAGUGUCUGGUGUCGGGCAAACCCAAGCCUGUCAUCCUUUGGUCCCGCACGGAGGACACUCCGGAGGCGGCGGACGAGGUCCCGGCGGGGGCGCCUCCGGCGGCCGAGGACGCCGCGCAGACCGAAAGCUACGACGGCAUCCUGAGGCUCGCCGACGUGACGCGGGAGAUGGGCGGGACCUACCGCUGCCGGACCAGCCAGUACAACGGCUUCAACGUCAAACCCCGAGAGGCGCUCAUACAGCUCGCAGUGCAGUUCCCGCCCGUGGUGGAGCCGGUGUUCUCGGAGGUGCGCCAGGCUCUGGGUCGGGCGUUCACCCUGACGUGCCGCCUGCUGCGCGCCCACCCCGCCCGCCUGCUGCGCUACGAGUGGAAGCUGGGCUCCCGCCUCCUGACCGUGGGCCAGUUUGACGAGCAGAGCGACGACACGCGCUACCAGGUGCGAGCGCUCAACCGCGAAGGCUACGGCGAGUACACGUGUGACAUCAGCAAUGAUGCCGGAGCGGGCAGAUGUACCUUCCUGGUCACGGGGAAGGCGUACCCUCCCGAGUUCUACUACGACACGCGCGGCGCCCUGUGGCAGAACCGGCCUCGCUCGUACGGCUUCAAGUUGCAGUGGACCCAGAUGGAACCCGCCGGCGUGGACCGCAUCCUGGCCUACAGGCUGGGCAUACGUCAGGUGGGGCAGGGCCGCUGGUGGGAGCAGGAGAUCCCCGUGGAGGCCGGAAUCCACAAGGGGGAGCUCUUGACCUACAACCUGACGCAGCUGGUCAAACCCGAGUCCUACCUGGUCCGCCUGACGCCCAUCACGCGCUACGGCGAGGGCGACGCCACCGAGCGCAGCAUCGCCUACAGCGCUCCAGUGAAUCCACACCUCAGGGAGUUCCAGUGUGCUUUCGAGGACGAGACCUUGUGUCUCUUCUCGCAGGACAAAAGCGACGACUUCGACUGGACCCGCCACAGCGCCGCCUCCCGCGACACCAAGUACACGCCCAACACCGGACCCGGCGCCGACCGUCGUGGCUCCAAGCAAGGGCAUUACGUUUACAUCGAGACGUCCCGGCCCAGAAUGGAGGGCGACCAGGCCCGCCUCCUGUCGCCCACCUUCAACGCGGGCUCCAAAAGCGGCGCCACCUACUGCCUGGCCUUCUACUACCACAUGUACGGCAAGCACAUAGGCGCGCUCAACGCCUUCCUGCGCCAGAAAGGAGCCGCGGGGUCGGAGGCCUCGGUGUGGAGUCUGAGCGGUAACCAAGGCGACCGAUGGCGCCGCGCCGCCGUCGACGUCCACCCCAGCGCAGACUUCCAGGUGGUCCUGGAGGGGGUGCGCGGCGCCGGCAUCGAGGGCGACAUCGCCGUCGACGACGUCACCAUCCAGGAGGGCCGAUGCCAGGAUCCGCCGUCCAACAACCUGAUCUCGCACGCCCCGCCCCGCCGGCCCGCUUUAUGGCUGCUGCGCGUCACUCUGAGUUUGACUCUGAUCGGCCGACAGAGGUGACGUCGCGAUGACCUUUGGCCUCGCGCGCCGAUCGACGGCGACGUGGCCGCCGCGCCUUGACGGCUGUUUGCUUAGCUUAGCGUUCCUUCCCAGGUAUUUGGAAACAGCGACCCCGCUGACCCCCAGUCACCCCCCCGGACCACCGUGAGCCUGUCAAACUUGAUGACCGCCAAGAAGGCACGCGCACACACAGCAGAACACAUACACAUCAUAUGCACAAUAACACACACACACACACAGGGACAAACUCACACUAACACACACAAACCUGAACACACAAACGAGAAGACACAGACACACUUGCUGGCGGACACAAAACACACACACACACACAGAUCCUGAAGGAGUACUUGCGGGGUCUUGAGCGUUUUUGUUGUUUCGGAGUCCGUCCGCCAUGACACUCAAGUGCCUUCAGAUCGAGCGGGAGUCUGCCGUCGCCACGGCGACUGGGGAAGGACAUCCCGGCGGCGAGAAAGACGUGGAGAAAGCCCGAAAGGAUGAUUCCGACACGUGAGGACGUUUUUCCGAAACGAGGCUUCCCGAUUGGUCGGACGUUCCCAAAGUGGGCGUUGCCACUCCGAUAAAGUCCACAGUGUGGAAUUUAUUUUUCAACAAGCACAAAAAAGACAAACGCCAGAGUUUUUUCCCACCUCUCAAUCCUGCCAGAAGGAAAGAAAAUGUCAACUUCCUCUCUCGGCAGGAAGUUGACGACGGCGGCUAAGUUUGAUUGCGUCUCUUUUCCUUCCUUCAGCAUGUUUGACAAACAAAAAGUGUUGGACUGCAGACAAUAAAAGGGAUUUUUGUCAA